CGAGCUGUUCGUCUAGGAAGCAGAGAUGGAUUACCAACGUAGCGAUGCCAUGUUAAUGGAAAUAUUGCAAGAGCGUAAAACAAUUACAGGUUUUUUGGAUGCAAUAUUCGGAUUUUUGCGCCGCAACACAGAUUAUUAUCACACCAAACAUAGUGCAGAGGAAAAAAUAGGAUUUGCCAAGGGCAUGCGUGAUAAAAUACUGUAUGGCGCAAUGCAACGUUAUGACCCCGACUGUUUGAUUCAAACCAUGACAGCAGAAAGUGACAUUGAAGUAGAUGGAACUCAAGUGCCGCCUGCUGUUGAGGAAAUCGUAGUAGAGACUAUUAAAGAAAGAAAACCUCUAGCUUCAACACAGCCAGCGAAUACAAAGACUAAACGCAUAUUUGAAACCAGUGAUUUCAAGAAUGGCGCUGUAUUUGAACAUCAUUGCUGGUCCCAGACGUUGAGUGAUUUGGAGUUGCAUUUGGAGCUCCCAGAGGACUUGAAAACUGCCAAGCAAUUAAAUAUUGAAAUAAAACCGCAGCGUAUUAAAGUAAGCAGCAAAGCAGGGCCGAUGCAGACGAUAUUGGAAGGUGCACUAAGCCAACGAAUUAGACAUAAUGAAGUCAUGUGGUCUAUUGAUGACGCCAGGCUUAGCAUCAGUUGUGAUAAAGCAAAGGAGGGUUGGUGGGAGCGUUUGUUUGAGAGUGAUGCUGAGAUUGAUAUUACAAAACUAGACACCGGGCGUUAUAUAGAUGAGCUACCGCAAGAUUCACAGACAGCAAUUGAAAAGCUAAGAGUAAAACAGAUGGCAGCCGAUAAACAGCAGCAAACCGACAAUCCAACAGAUCCAGAGCAAGCCAAGACAUUUGAACGAUUAAAGAAGGCCUGGGAUGCCGAAGGUUCGCCAUUUAAAGGACAACCAUUUGACCCGUCAAUGGUGAGAAUGAGUUAAUGAUUUAUUAAGGUUAAUU